AUGUCGCGGAGACCGAGCGGCUCGUUUGGCCGCAGCGUCAGCGGCUCCAGCCAGCUCACCAGCGCCAGCGACGCCGGAAGCUCGACGACGGGGCCACAGGCGGUGUUCUGCGUGAACCCCGUUUUCUUUGAGAACUGCGGUGCGCUGUUGAAUGCGCCGAGCGGGUUGACGACGACGUCUGUGCUGAAGGUGCUGCAAACCACCGGCAACAAGACGUCUAUGUCUCUCGCAAAGUGGAAGGAGACGGCGAUGACGGUGCUUGGGCUGCGCGAGUCGACCGCGUACGCCAUCUUUGACGUCUUCUUUGCCUUAAGCGGGGGCUGCAUCCAAAAUACGCCAGCCUAUUCGGGUGGAGAGCGGACGAGCGUGACGCAGCUGCGGCAGGAGAGCAACCGUGCCCUGCUGCAGAAGAUGGGCGGCGCCGUGGAUCAAGGUCGUUGGCCAGCCGCCUCCACCGCGCGACAGGUGAGCCUUCCGGGGCUUCUUAUCUUUUUGCUGUGUCAGCUGUUCGUAGAGCGCAAGCGGGCAGGCGCGCCUAACAAGGUCACAUCAGAGGCGGUGGCCGAGUACGUGCGGCAGCAUCUGCACGACUUCAUCAGCGCCGUCGCAGUUACGCGUGCAUCUCGUCUGACCAUGGCUGACGCAGCGGAGCUUGGCUAUCUGCUCCGUGAGGUCGUCAACGGUGUUGAGCAGCCGUUCGGACCGAGCAUCAGCUUUCUCUGGCAGUUUAACGAGAAGACGAUCGACGUCGCGGUUCUCUCCCAGUACUUGCGAGUGCGCGUCCGCGCCAACGGCGAGAUAAAGAAGGUUGGCAGCGGCACCACGACGGUAGGGAACGCCUUUGGCUUCAACAACAUCACCAUCCAGAACCUAGCCGACACGGUGCACAUCACGCCGUACGCCCUUCUGCCAGAUAUGGCAUCCCGUCUCCUGUCAUCUAACUUGACCAUCUCGAACUGCUCGCAGACGCACAUCUACGCCCCCUCGGUGCUCCCCCACACCCUACUUAGCUCCCUCACGAACUGCACUGUCUCACUGGGCCCGGUGGGCGGCGUACUGAGUGUGCAGAACUGCCAUCACUGCUCCAUCUCCGCCCUCUGCGGAGCGGUCAUCGUGAGCAACUGCACCAACGUGACUCUAUACGUGUGUGUAAACACACCGCCAGUUCUCAUUCCGAGCGAGAGCUCGAACGGCGGCGCGAGGGCAUCGGGGACGAGCAGCAGCAAGGUAAACGGUGCAACAUCCGUGCCCUCCGGGGGAGGGGUGCGCUUUGCCCCGUACAAUUCUUUCUACCCCGCCAUGGAGCAGCACAUCAGCAGCUCCGGCAUCAGUCCGCUGCUGAAUGUGUGGAACGUGGGGCUGCCCAAUCACGAAUCGAUUCUACCGCCGUCGGAGUUCCAAAGCAUGCCCUUCCCCUUGGCACAGUCCGCCAACCUCAGCAACGUCACCCGCACAAACCCAUGCCCACUACCAGCGCCCUAUCGUGAUGCGAUGAGCCGCCGCCUGCAGCGAGUGCGUGAUGUGAACGAUGUGAUCGCUAGUGCCACCGGGCAGCUGAGGGAGGCGGGGCGCAACGACCUUGUGGAUGAGCUGCACCAACGUGUCACAUCCAUGUUCCGCGACUGGUUGAAAGAGACGGGACAAGAGCACGUCUUGGCGGACUUGACGCACACAACCGCGCCUAGUAAAACGGUGGGCUGA